AUGAAGUCCUUCUGCGUCGUUGCUCUUUUUGUGUCCUGCUGCGUGCUGGGAAGCAUGGCUGCUCCAUCCUACCAUCCCGCGCCCCCAGCUCAUCACGCCGCGCACACGUACCACGCCAAAGCACCAGCCGUCAAGUGCGGCGCCAACCUGCUGGUCGGAUGUGCUCCCCAAGUUGCCCACGUGCCCUGCGUACCACAUCACGAGCACCACGGAGGAUAUCACGCAGCACCGGCUCAUCAUGCACCACCGGCACACCAUGGCUACCACCGGUCCUUCGAUGCUGCUGCCGAUGCCGAUGCCAACGAGAGCGAGUAG